AUGAACAAUGAUGUUGUCGCCGUGAAUUCGCAAGCAUCUGGACACAUAAAUUAUUCGCCAGCUUCCUCUGUACAUGAUUUCGACACUACCUCGAUUCUCGAAGCAAGCAGGUAUACUGAGCGAGUACCGCGAUAUAACGGCGCCAUGGGUACCUCAAGGAAAGCUUCCAUUUCCGUGGCGGUUGACCCUGUCGCCCUGAUUACGACAGAAUGUAUCACUGUUACUUCCGCUAUGCGAAAGCAUGCUCGAUGGGCGCAUUCUUCAGUAUCUGCUAUCCUCGGGGGAAGCUCCACUCCCAUGAGUCCAAGUCUGCAGAGCUCCAGACCUUCAACGCCACGAGAUGAGCCUGGGAGGACGAAAGGGAACAAGAACAGGCCCUCUACAGGGCUUGCAGAUGGAGACGAUGGAGGUCUGGCGAAUAGAUGGGGGCUUCGAGGCAAGAAAGGGAAGAGCAUGCAGGAUAAUCCUCUAAUGGCUGGCUUUGGACGAUUGAGGCGCGAACUUACGGGCUGUAAAGAUAUACACAAAUUCGAUACCCCGUCGUUACUGCAUCCUUUUCUACAGGUCAUUCAAGCUUCUGCGACCUCCGCCCCGAUCACCUCCCUCGCCCUUGUGGCCAUCACGAAAUUCUUCUCUUACAAUCUCAUAAGCCCCGACUCCCCACGCCUGGCCCUUGCUAUGCAGACUUUAUCUGCAGCCAUUACGCAUUGCCGGUUCGAAGCCAGUGACUCUGCGGCAGACGAGAUCGUGUUAUUACGGAUAUUGAAGCUCAUGGAGGGAAUGCUGUCUGGGCCAGGAGGGGACCUACUGAGCGACGAGAGUGUCUGUGAAAUGAUGGAAACUGGAUUAAGCAUGUGUUGUCAGGCCAGACUUUCGGAGCUGCUUCGACGCUCUGCCGAGAUUUCUAUGGUAAAGAUGACCCAGGUGAUCUUCGAAAGGUUAAAACAUCUAGAGAUUGAGGCUGGGGACGAUCUAGAGGCCCUGGACGAGAAGACAAAGGAGGACAUGGAUACUGUGAAGAUGGACCCAUCAGCAAACAGCAAUGAGGCUAUCAAGUCCUCACUCGCAGCUCCGCCGACAGACUCUAGGCCAUCAUCAAGUUUUGAUAAAGCUAGGAGUGGACAUCUGACUUCUGGUUCAACAUCAAUGGACAUUGGGUCUGAAAUUGGAGUUGGUCCAGCUUCAGAAACUUCUGAUGAGGCACCUAUCAAGCCGUACUCGUUACCUUCAAUACGGGAGCUUUUCCGAGUUCUUGUGGAUUUGCUGGAUCCCCAUGAUCGCCAACACGCGGAUGCGAUGAGAGUCAUGGCUCUGCGAAUUAUCGAUGUAGCUCUGGAAGUUGCAGGCCCUUCUAUUGGGAAGCAUCCAUCGUUAGCAACUCUUGCAGAAGAUCGACUCUGCAGGUACUUGUUUCAACUCGUCCGAUCAGACAAUAUGGCCAUUCUACACGAGUCGCUUAUUGUUGCCGGGACGCUUCUGGCAACUUGCAGAGGUGUUCUGAAGCUGCAGCAAGAGCUGUUCCUAUCCUACUUGGUUGCUUGUUUACAUCCACGUGUCGAGAUACCAAGAGAGCCGGGAAUCGACCCAUCCCUGUACGCUGGUGUUCCGCAAGCUCCAAAACUCGUUAAGCCACCACCUUCGCAAUCAAGUAGUGGGCGAUCGACUCCUGUUCCCGUGAAAGACCGCCAAAAACUUGGUAUGGAAGGUGGCUCGCGAAAACCAGAUGCCAGAGAAGCAAUGGUAGAAAGUGUUGGUGCUCUUGCUCGGAUACCGAGCUACAUGGUUGAGCUGUUCAUCAACUACGAUUGUGAAAUCGAUCGAAGUGACCUAUGCGAAGAUAUGGUGGGACUUCUAUCUCGGAAUGCGAUCCCGGAUUCAGCGACGUGGAGCACGACCUCUGUUCCGCCACUAUGUCUAGAUGCGCUUUUAGGCUACAUCCAAUUCAUUGCGGAUAGACUCGAUGAUGAGCCUCGAUUCGAGGACUACCCGGAUCAGUCGGUUCUCCGUGAAAAGCGUAGGAGAAAGAAGAUCAUCAUCCAAGGAGCUCAGAAAUUCAAUGAAAGCCCCAAAGCUGGUCUUGCGUACCUCAACAAGCAUGGGAUUAUUGACAAUCUGCAAGACGCCAAGCAGAUUGCGACUUUUUUGAAAGGUACUGCCCGGAUAUCGAAGAAGAUGUUUGGAGAGUUCAUUUCGAAGAAGGGCAAUGAGCCCAUCCUGGAAGCAUUCAUUGACACCUUCAACUUCGAUGACAAGCGAGUGGACGAAGCGCUUCGAGAAGUUGUGGAGAGCUGUCGUCUGCCUGGAGAAUCUGCCUUGAUUGAGCGCAUCGUCACAGUAUUUGCAGAGCAUUACUUCAAAAGCAAGAUUCCAGAACCGAUGGCAAAUCCAGAUGCCAUCUUCGUUCUCACUUACGCCAUUCUGAUGUUGAACACGGACAGCUACAAUCCCAAUCUCAAAAACAGCUCUCGCAUGACCGUCGAGCAAUUUGGAAACAAUUUACGAGGUGUCAAUGGCGGCAACAACUUCGAACCCGCCUACAUCCAGAGUAUUUACGACUCUAUCAAGGCAAACGAAAUCAUUCUCCCGGACGAGCAUGAUAAUAAACAUGCUUUCGACUAUGCUUGGAAAGAGCUGUUGUUGAAAACUGAGUCUGCAGGAAGUUUGAUUGUCUGUGACACGAACAUCUACGAUGCGGAUAUGUUCGCAGCAACCUGGAAACCUGUUGUUGCGACACUGUCGUAUGUGUUCAUGUCUGCAAGCGACGACGCUGUCUUCUCGAGAGUCAUAACUGGAUUUGACCAAUGUGCUCGCAUUGCUGCUAAGUACGGCCUUACUGAGGCUGUGGAUCAGGUAGUGUACUGCUUGAGUUACAUCACCUCAUUGGCUACUGAGUCGCCUUCGAACACUGCGCUCAACACCGAGAUUCAGGUUGGCGAGAACAGUGUUAUGGUUAGCGAGCUGGCAGUGAAGUUUGGUCGUGACUUCAAGGCACAGCUCGCAACUGUUGUUCUCUUCCGAGUGGUCACUGGCAGUGAAGCUAUUAUUAACGAAAGCUGGAAACAUAUUGUUCGCAUCUGGGUUAAUCUCUUCGUCAAUUCUCUGAUACCGCCAUUCUUUGCGCCAAAUCGGAUCGAUAUAUCUUCCAUACCGCUACAAACGCCAUCUCAGAUAAUUGAUCGUGGCCAGAAGGCCAGCGAUACUGGUCUCUUCUCGGCUUUCACUUCGUAUAUUUCUAGCUAUGCCGCCGAUGACCCACCAGAGCCUUCUGAUGAAGAGCUGGAGAGCACGCUAUGUACAGUUGAUUGUGUCAAUGCUUGUUAUAUGGGGGACGUUUUUGCCAAUGUUGUCAACAUGCCUAUAGAGUCUUUGAAGCCACUCAUUCAAGCACUGCUUGCUCAGCUGCCUGAUGAUCCCACUUCGAUAGUCAUCAGUGUCAAAUCAGAGACGGAUACAGUGGCGCCAACCAAUGGCCAGAAAUCUGCUAAUGACGGACCUGUAUAUGAUCCUGCAAUGGUCUACAUACUAGAACUUUGCACAGUGCUCGCUCUCCGGGAUAAGGAGACCGUGGCGGCUCUGGGUGCAGAUGUGGCCGAAGCAUUGCAGAAUGUUAUGCGACAUGUUGGAAGUUACCAUAAUAUCAUGAUCUCCAGGACUAUGUUCUAUCUGCUUCAUCUCUUGCACGCUAGCUACGAACACGACUUCCUGCGGGUCCCGGUUGUUCUUCAUACAGUCUCAAGCUUCAAGAAGGAUCUUCUUGAAAAGUCAGCACCAUUGGUUCUCCAAGGAUUGACUCAAUGUAUAAAAGAGCCUGGUCCGUUGAGAAAUGAAAUCAUGACAUCGCCUGAUUUCUGGGUUAUUCUCCGCAACCUUACAGGUAAUGCACAAUCUGCACCGACUGUGUUCGAGAUAUUGGAGGGUGUAGCCAUUGGAUCACCUCCAACGAUAAUGGCCGAUAACUACGAGUCCGCUGUCAAGCUGUUGAACGAUUUUGCUUCGGCUGGAAGUGUUGGAGCGACAAUUGAGCAAAAGCAGGACAAGCGAGUCCGCCGAGGGCAGCAACAAGCUAAACAGCCCAAACCUCAACCACAGCCACAAGUCGAUGCUGCCGUUGCAAGAGGCGUCAAAGCUAUCACUAUAAUCUUCUCUCUCACAAACCGGAUCCCAGUUCUCAUGCAGCAAUCACAUCUCGAAAGCAAAGAAGCCUGGGCCGCUUACUGGUCGCCUAUCUUCCGUGCCCUGACAACGCAAUGCACCAACCCCUGCCGCGAAGUCAGACACCAAGCCUUCUCAUCUCUCCAACGCUCACUCCUUUCACCAGAGCUAACAACAGGCGAACACGAAGAAUGGACUGCCAUCUUCGGAGAAGUCCUGUUCCCCCUCAUCUUGCGCUUACUGAAACCCGAAGUCUACUCGUCCGAUCCUGUUGGUAUGAGUGAGACGAGAGUGCAGGCUGCUACGCUGCUCAGCAAGAUCUUCCUGCAUUAUUUGACCUUGCUUUCCAAGUGGGAUGGGAUGUUGGAUCUUUGGCUGAAGAUCCUGGAUAUUAUGGAUAGGCUGAUGAAUAGCGGGCAGGGUGAUAGCUUGGAAGAAGCCGUUCUCGAGUCACUCAAGAACAUACUCCUCGUGAUGUCAAGCAGCUCUUUCCUCGUCCCGCCUAGCAAAGACCCCUCGCAAGAAAAGCUGUGGGUUGAAACAUGGAAGCGCAUCGAUCGCUUCUUGCCUGAUCUUAGGAAGGAUCUGGGCCUAGAUGCGCCUAAGGAGGUAGUGGAGAAGGAAAAGCCCGUGGAGAAAGAGAAAGAAGUCGCGCUUGCGGAUAGGCCGAAGGAAGAGGUCGCUGCUGGAGCGGAGUAG